AUGAUGGCGAAUGUGCAGACCCAGACACCGAAAGAAAUGCUCGACUUCUUGCUUCCAAAGGAUUCACCUUUGUUUCGCAGAUGGAUGGACAAGGCUGUUGCUGAUGGCCGACGAAAGUCCGCGGCUUCUGCCGGCAAGACCGCGCAAGACCUGGAGUGGCAGCUGCACUCUGCGCAGCUUCGUGAGACUUUGGGUAUAUCAGUUUCUUCGAAGAUCUGGACAGGCAAAGCGACUUUCCAGGGAUUGGGACUGGGCUUGACUGAUCGGGUGCAGGAUGCACUGGAUGUUACGGCAGCCAAGAUCCUCUCCAGGAAAGCAAAGAACACUUCUGAAACUCUUAUGAACACAGUACUUGAUGUGUCCCAGUCUAUCGCAAGGGGCACUUUCACGAAGCAGUCGGGUGUGCACCCUUGCUUCACAACUUCGUCAGAGUUGUAUUCAUAUAGAGAGGACAGAGUGAUCCUUGGAGUGGAGAUGCUAGCAAUCCUCGGGUACCCAAGGGAUAUGAUCAUUCCUGAGGAUUUCACGAACCGGCAGCUGAAGCGGCUGGCCGGAAACACGAUCAGCUUGCCGUGCCUGGGCAUGAUGUUGUGGAGUUUUCAGGUGAUGCGCCGGAGAAAUUUCGAAGCUCCGGACAUGGGUGGCAAUUAA